GACGCUAUUGGAUGUUGCCUUUCGAAACAAAGAUGGCGGCCCGCACGUAAUGUACACCUUCUAAAGGUUGCUGUUAAUUUAAGAGCCUGUCACAGAAUUACUGUAAAUAUGCUCAGCCUGACGAUACGGGAGGUAUCUGCAGCGCUCAGGGAGGGAAGAAUCUCCCCAACAGAGCUUUGCAAGAAGUGUCUGAACCGCAUUAAGAAGACGCAGCAUCUCAACGCGUACAUCACUGUGACGGAGGAGCUGGCUUUGCAGCAGGCGGGAGAAGCAGAGGCCCGACUGCUGCAAGGAGCCCCUAAAGGUCCACUGGAUGGAAUCCCGUUUGCAGUCAAGGACAACUUCUGCACAGAAAAUAUCAAGACUACCUGUGCUUCCAGGAUGCUUAAAGACUACAGUCCGCCCUUCAAUGCUACAGUGGUGCAGAAGCUUUUCGACCAAGGGGCUGUCCUCGUGGGGAAAGCCAACAUGGAUGAGUUUGCUAUGGGUGCGGGCAGUACUGACGGGGCUUUUGGCCCGGUGAGAAACCCGUGGAGCUACGCUGCUCCCUACAGAGAAAGGACAGGCGCGGCGCCCGACUCGGACUGGGUCGUUACUGGGGGAAGUUCAGGAGGAAGUGCGGCCGCUGUGGCCUCGCUCACCAGCUACCUGGCUUUGGGUUCAGACACGGGUGGUUCAACCCGUAACCCUGGGGCGCUGUGCGGUGUUGUGGCCCUGAAGCCCACUUAUGGUCUGCUGUCCAGACAUGGUCUCAUCCCCCUGGUCAACUCCAUGGACGUCCCCGGCAUUAUGACUCGCAGCGUCGGCGAUGCGGCCAUCGUGUUAGAUAUCCUCCAAGGACAGGAUAUUAGAGACUCAACAACAACUCCAGCUUCCUCAUCGCAGACCGAGCUACACCAACACUUUGAUGUCAGGGACAUCUGUGUAGGCAUUCCUAAGGAGUACCACGCACCAGGGCUGUCUCAGGAGACUCUGGCACAGUGGAGUCUUGUUGCCGACAUGUUUGAGAGGGCGGGGGCGCGGGUGAAACAGGUGUCGCUUCCCCAUACCCAGCACUCCAUUGUGUGCUACCACGUCCUGUGCCACGCGGAGGUGGCGUCUAACAUGGCUCGCUUUGACGGCCUGGAAUACGGCCAUCGUAGCGAGGUGGACAGCUCGACAGAAGCCCUGUACGCCUCCAGCCGCCACGAAGGCUUCAACGAUGUAGUGCGAGGGAGGAUACUGUCUGGGAACUACUUCCUGCUCAAACAGAACUACGAGCACUACUUUGUGAAGGCCCAGAAGGUGCGCCGGCUGAUCGCAGAGGAUUUUGCACGUGCGUUCGCCUCAGGCGUCGACGUGCUGCUGACACCCACCACCCUGGCCGACGCAGCCCGUUUCUCCGACUUCACGCAGGAAGACAACCGCACGCGCAGCGCGCAGGAAGACGUCUUCACCCAGCCUGUCAACAUGGCAGGACUGCCCGCCGUUUCCGUACCAACUGCUUUAUCAAGCCGGGGCCUUCCCAUUGGGUUACAGCUCAUAGGCCCCGCCCUACAGGACAAGAUGCUGCUCUGCGUCGCCCAAUGGAUGGAGCAGAGGGUCGGGUUCCCCUCCAUCAGGGACUGUGGAGAGGAGGGCGGGAAUGGCGCAGGAACGGCCAGAAGAGAACAGACUUCAGCGGUGUGACCUGUGGACAUGAGUCACCCGUGGUGGACUUCUUCUAGGCCUCACUGAUCAACAACGUGCAUCAUGCGUUCAGUAGAGAGACAUUGUUUGUUAAUCAGUGACCUCCUGCUGUGUGUGUUAUGUCUGAAGUUGGUGCUAUUAAAUAUAUGCAUGUAGGGUGA